AUUUGCAUGAGAGACAGACUGGGAAUGAGCUGGAGUGGGCGCCUCUCCGCGCACACAGAGCGGGGCAGGAGGGGGAGGAGGGAGCUGCCGCCGCCGGGGAGAGGCGGCGAACUCCGGGCAAAGUUUGGUGCGGCGGGCCCGAGGCGUUGAGGCACCGGCGAAGCGGGCGAGCGGAGCGGCGCAGCGCCGGGCCAGGCUAGGCCACUGCCGCCCGGGGCCGGGCUUUGUGCUGCCCGCGGCGGGGCCUGCGCGGAGCGGAGCGGCGCGGAGGGCGGCGGGGCGAGCGCGGAGCCGGCGGCGGGGCGCUGCCGGGCGAGCCAGCAUGUCCUCCAUCCUGCCUUUCACUCCUCCCAUCGUCAAGCGGCUCCUGGGCUGGAAGAAAGGGGAGCAGAACGGGCAGGAGGAGAAAUGGUGCGAGAAGGCGGUGAAGAGCCUGGUGAAGAAGCUGAAGAAGACGGGGCAGCUGGACGAGCUGGAGAAGGCGAUCACCACGCAGAACAUCAACACCAAGUGCAUCACCAUCCCCAGAUCCUUGGACGGCCGACUGCAAGUGUCUCACCGCAAAGGGCUUCCCCACGUCAUCUACUGCCGGCUGUGGCGCUGGCCAGACCUGCACAGCCACCAUGAGCUGCGCGCCAUGGAGAUGUGCGAGUACGCCUUCAACAUGAAGAAGGACGAAGUCUGCGUGAACCCUUAUCAUUACCAAAGAGUGGAAACCCCAGUGCUGCCUCCGGUGCUGGUGCCUCGGCACACGGAGAUCCCGGCUGAGUUCCCGCCGUUAGACGAUUACAGUCACUCUAUUCCCGAGAACACUAACUUCCCUGCAGGUAUCGAGCCUCAGAGCAACUACAUUCCAGAGACGCCUCCUCCAGGCUAUUUGAGUGAGGAUGGAGAAACGAGUGACCACCAGAUGAACCCCAGCAUGGAUGCAGGUUCUCCAAACUUAUCACCAAACCCUAUGUCUCCAGCACACAAUAAUCUGGAUCUGCAGCCUGUUACCUACUGCGAGCCAGCCUUCUGGUGCUCCAUAUCCUACUAUGAACUCAACCAGCGAGUGGGAGAGACUUUCCACGCCUCUCAGCCCUCCAUGACCGUGGAUGGUUUCACUGACCCAUCGAAUUCAGAACGUUUCUGCCUUGGUUUGCUGUCCAACGUGAACAGAAACGCAGCCGUGGAACUCACGAGACGACACAUCGGGAGAGGAGUGAGGCUGUACUACAUCGGCGGAGAGGUGUUUGCCGAGUGCCUCAGUGACAGUGCCAUUUUCGUCCAGUCUCCCAACUGCAACCAGCGCUACGGCUGGCACCCAGCAACAGUUUGCAAGAUUCCACCAGGCUGCAACCUGAAGAUUUUUAACAACCAGGAAUUCGCCGCUCUCCUGGCUCAGUCUGUCAACCAGGGCUUCGAAGCCGUGUACCAGCUGACCAGGAUGUGCACCAUCCGCAUGAGCUUUGUCAAGGGAUGGGGAGCAGAGUACAGGCGGCAGACAGUGACCAGUACCCCGUGUUGGAUUGAGCUGCACCUGAAUGGCCCCUUGCAGUGGCUGGACAAGGUCCUCACACAAAUGGGCUCCCCCAGCAUUCGUUGUUCCAGCGUCUCCUAAGGAAGCGGCUCCGUGGGGAUGGGGUGGGGGGGACAAAGACUCUGGGGAAAAAAUGGAAUUGGCUUAACCCACAGCAAAACGCAUAGUAGCAAAUGCCCAGUCGUUGGAGUGAUGAGGGAGAGAAGGAUCUGCUUCAAAACGCCCCAGAAGUGGGUUUGCUUUGCUUUGGUUUGGUCUUUUUUAAAGCAAACAGCCGCUGAAGCCAGUUCCGCUGAGGCCGUCGCUUGGCGCUGCUCCGGGCCCCUGCACUUAGAGCUUGAAGCUGAUCACCAUCCAAAACCAGACUGAGGGCAGAGAGAAGGCCGAGGUGUGCUCAGCCCUCCCGGAGCCUCCCGCCGCCACCGCUGCUGGCCGCGUCUCGUGGCGCCUCGGCACAGCCACAUCCCCGGGCCUGGGGCCGGCUCUUGUCACGCAGCUCCUCUCUCCGUGUCCCCGCUCCGCAGCGCUGGAAGCACACGCAGGACGCGAUUCCCCCCAGAGCAGGAUGGAUUUCCCACCCUCGAGGAGGCAGAGUCCUGCCUCGUGCCUGAGGGACGCAGCUGACACCCCGAUGGCCUCAGGCUGGAAGGACGUGAAGCAAGAGGCCAAACUGGAGGCUCCGGCUGAUACUGCUGCAGCGACCUUUGGCUCGAGCCGCUCCCAGACAGACAGACAGACAGACAGAGGUGUGUGGUGGGGAGCUCUGAGCAGCUCAGCUUUUGUUACCCUGCAGUCUGUGUGCAUGGACCACAGAGGGUUUGUACUGUGUUGGUUGGGAUCUGCUGCCACUUCUGAAGUCGCAGGGGCUCAGCGAGGUCAGUGCCCAGGCCCUCGCUGCCGCCCUCAGCCUGGGGUGAUCCCCCCCACGGGACUGUGCAGGAGCUGGGACGUCUCAGACACAAACCCCUUCUGCCCAGCAGCACUCUGAGAUGUGGGUUUGCCUGGAGAAACUGGGAGAGUGUGUAUUUACCUGUACCAUAGAACGCUCAUUUCAAACAGACACGCUCCAGACUGUUGAAUAUUCUUUCUUCCCUGCAGCAGCUGUCCUGGCAAACAACCCCCACAACUGGAAAAGAAAAACCAACCCCAGACCCUUAGCACUUGUUUUUAUGGUUCAGCUUUGCCAAAUGAAGGCGUCCCGCUUCCUCGGGAGCACAGGAGCGCAUCACCCGGGCGGCUCGUGCCAAAGGAAGGGAACCCUUCAGAGUUUUCUUCCUGGAACAAGAAAUGACAUUUUCUAGAAUGAAGCUGCGGCUCUGAGGAAGCCUUUGAGAGGGGGAUGUCCCGAAGGACACAGGCACUUUGGAGUAUCCUCCUGUGGAGCUCUGCCUGGGGCUCCGUCUCAGCCCGGCCGUGCCCCAGGGGCUGUCACAGCGCUGCAGCGUUUCUGGCAUUUGAGAUUUUCCCUUUGUUUGUUCGUUUGUUUUCGCGUUGUGUCUGAGUUUAGUUGAGUCUCUUGAUUGCAUGGACUUGGGCAAUAAGAGCAUCUGUAUUAAAUAGUCUUUUCUAGCCACUUAAAAUAGGUGUGUCUGUCAUUGUGGGUUCAUCUGGCAUCUGAAAUGGCCCCAGUUUUCCUCCCUGUGUGUCUUUUAGCCAUAGUUGCUUAUUUUAGCGAGCAAACUCUUUUUCGUUGCCCACAUAACCGUGGAGGAAGUUGGACUCUGGUGCCCUGUGACAUCUUGGUUCCGUGUGAGGCCGUGUGCAGGGGCCUGUGCAGAGCCAGAGGCCCCAGGCUGGAACAGACCAAAGUUUUAGCCCAAAGUUUGCCCCAGAAUCACCUCCUCGGCCAAACCAGGACCUGGAUUUCCACCAGGAACCGCAUUUGUGUGUUUCUUACUCAAUAAAGGAUCGUUAAUUGCUACCUGUUGGUAACAGAAAAAGAGGAUUCAGGUGGUGCAUGAAAACCUGGUUCAUCUCCCUCAUCAGUCGUUGCUGCUUUCUGAUAACAGCUUUUGGCAGCGAGGCAGUCACUGCUGUGAGAACAAGAGACUUCCAAUGGAAAGGUGAGCGGGUCCAGCGGUACAGACUCGUACAACUGAAGGAUUCUUUUCCUCUGCUGCCCUUUGUUUGCCUUCUCACUAAUUCAUAAAAGCUUUCUGGUUUCCAAAGCUACCUUAUGGAGUGCAACAGAGAGUCCUGCACCGUGCAAGGGAUGAGGAGAGAAAGGCCGGGGAGGGGGUGAUGCAGGGGCUGUGGGGGCACGUGGGGCUGCUGCUGCUCCCUUUCACUUCUUGCUUCUGAAACUUCAUUGAAGUAGCUUUGAUAUGUAGCACAAAUGUAUGCAGGCAGCCCUGCCCUGGCUUGGGUUCCAGCCCUGCACUGGAGGAUCUGCUCAGUGCCAUAGUCCUGGCGAGUGUCACCGGGAUUCCAAACGCUUCUGUCACAGGUAGAGAGUCACCAGCAGGAGCUUUGACUCUCUCUCGUUGGCGUAGCCAUACAUAAGGGCCUGGCUGCUGGCAGGUGAUACUGAUGGCCUUGUGCUUUUAAAUGACUGUGGUGACUUGUUUGUUUGUUUGUUAUUAAUGUCUUGGACUGAGCUGCAGCUUGUCCUUUGCGUUCAGCUGGGCUCGGGAGCAACCCGGUGCUGUCCAUUUGGUCCCAUCGCCAGGAGCCCGCACGUCUCUGUGCACAAGAAACCCACUUGGAACCAGUUUCCCCAGAGCUCUGUCUGCUCGUCAAAAGGCUGGGGGUAACCUUUGAGAAAGAGUUCAACAAGCUAGUUUCCUCUCCCCUUAAGGACAAGCAGAGUUUGAACCAUGCAGAAGACUCCUUUGCAGGGCGAAGAACACCGAGGACUCCAUCGCGGGCAGCAAGCGCCGACAUCGGUGCCUUGUGUGAGUGACCAGCUGGGGAAGCAAGAGGAGCAGAGCUCAGCCAAGGACUUCAGCUGCCUCACAGCCCUCUGUGAGCUUUCCUGGUUCUCCAGGGUGCUGUUCGGUAGGCAGGAUGGGAUGUCACGGACAAGGAUGAGAAGCGCUCGGCAGUGGCCGUGUGAAGCGGCUCGGCGCGUGGGGCUGGGUGUACGUGGGGCUGUGUUUCUGUUCCAUGUUCAGAUGGAUCAGGUAUUUCAUUUGUAACAGAAAGGGCAAGUAAGGACUCAGAGGGGGAGAAGUUUCCUCUGCUCCUUUCUGGUAACAGCCAGAAACGAGGCAGUUAGUGCUGUGAGGACAAGAGCCUGGCCUGGGGACGAGCGACAAGCCCUGGUGAGUGCUCAGCCUGAGACCUUCUCCCGGGAGCCUUUGCCCCAGUUGCCGUUGUCUCUGGCAGCAAAGGGCUGGGCUCCCAGCUGGGCCCUUCCUCCCUCCAGCUCUGCUCUGCACAUUUCUGAUGCUUCAUAAAGAAAACCACAUGUUACUCCAGAGAGGUUUUGGUUCAUCUGGACUGUUUCCUCCAGUAGUGGGGGAGUGUGGGCUGCCCUGGUUGCCCCUGCCCACGGAGGCAGCCCCCUGCCCUCCCCUUUGACAGACACAUCCCAGCCUUUUGCUUUGCCUGCCCUGAGCAGAGCCAGUGCCCAGGGACAGCCCUGACACGUAUUCUGUCUGUUACUAAAGGCCUGUACUAUGUUAUGCCUCUUCUUUCAUAUGUGACACUGUAAGUUCUAUUUUUGACAUUUUAAUAAACUUU